AUGGUGGAGAAGCGCUGCCCGCUGCAGAGGGACGGCGUGUACCGCUGGUUCUCGGAGCUGCCGUCGCCGCAGCGCGUGGAGUUCCUGUGCGGCCUGCUGGACCUGUGCAUCCCGCUGGAGCUGCGCUUCCUCGGCUCGUGCCUGGAGGACCUGGCCCGCAAGGACUACCACUCGCUGCGCGACUCGGAGAUCAAGGCCAACAACCCGGCCGACUUGGGCAGCCUCACCAACCUGACGGACGAGGUGGUGCGCAGCAAGCUGCUGGUGUCGCUGGCGCUGCUGGGCUCGGAGCAGCGCGAGGCGGCGGGCGUGUUGUACCGCACGCUCACGCACAUCGACUCCAUCAUCCACAACUACGGGCUUCAGCUCAACGAGGGCCGCACGGGCGAUGAGUUUCUGCUGCUCUUCACCAUGGCCUCCAACCACCCGGCCUUCAGCUUCCACCAGAAGCAGGUGCUGCGCCAGGAGCUCACGCAGAUCCAGAGCAGCCUGAGCGGCGGCGGCGGCCCCGGGAGCAAGAGCGCGCUGCCCACCUGCCCGGCCUGCCACAAGGUCACGCCCAGGACGGAGCCCCCCGUCAGCAGCGUGGGCAACAGCUUGGAGAACGCCCUGCACACAUCCACACAUUCCACUGAGGGGUCGCUGCCCAAGAGGCCUGGAGGGAAACUGUCCAGAGUGAGUGUUGAAAAGAUAGACCUGAAGGGAUUAUCACACAAAAAAAAUGAAAGAAAUGUUGAAUGUUCCUUUGAGGUCUUGUGGUCUGAUUCUUCAAUCACAUCAGUAACCAAAUCUUCCUCUGAAGUGACUGAAUUUAUUUCAAAGUUGUCUCAGCUGUAUCCUGAAGAAAAUUUGGAGAAAUUCAUUCCUUGCUUAGCUGGCCCAGAUUCCUUUUAUGUAGAGCGAAACCACAUGGAUCUGGAAGCGGACCUGAGGUAUUUGGCUUCAUUACCUUCUCAUGUGUUAAAAAAUGACCAUGUUAAGAAAUUUUUCAGCACUUCUUCUCCCACCCAACAGCUUCAAAGUCCAAGUCCUGGCAACCCUUCCCUUUCUAAAGUCGGUACCAUGAUGGGCGUGUCUGGAAGGCCUGUGUGCGGAGUGGCCGGCAUCCCAUCCUCUCAGGGCAGCGCCCAGCACCACGUGCAGCACUCGGCCAGUGCGGCCGCCUUGCCCCACUGCUCGCACUCGGGGGGCACAGGCUCGGCUCUGGCCUACCGGACCCCGAUGGACAGCUCGCCCACCAUCCUGAUGCCGUCCAGCCUGCAGGCCCCGCAGACCCAGGAGCAAAACGGGAUUUUAGACUGGCUUCGGAAACUGCGUUUGCACAAGUAUUACCCUGUCUUUAAACAGCUCACGAUGGAGAAGUUUCUGAGCCUUACGGAAGAAGAUCUAAAUAAAUUUGAAUCCCUCACCAUGGGAGCAAAGAAAAAACUGAAGACUCAACUGGAGCUGGAGAAGGAGAAGUCAGAGAAACGGUGCCUGAACCCCUCGGCCCCUGCCCCAGUCAGCAGCAGUGGGGUGGCCCGUGUGCCCCCCACCAGCCACGUGGGGCCCGUACAGACGGUGCGAGGCAGCCAUGCUGCAGCGCUGCGGGUGGAGGUGGAGCAGUCCCCUCACCAGACGGCCCGGGAAGGCAGCUCCUCUGAGUGCUCCAGCUCCUCGCCCAGCCCAAUGGGCGUGCAGGCCCGGGAAGAGAGCUCAGACAGCGCGGAAGAGACCGACAGACGUGUGGAGAUCCACUUGGAGGGCCCUGACAAGGAGAAGCCUGUGAUGCUGCUGAACCACUUCACGUCAAGUUCCGCCCGGCCCACAGCGCAGGUCCUCCCCGUGCAGAACGAGGCGGGCUCCACCCCAUCGGGCCACCACUCGCUUCCCCCACAGAUGAUGACGGCAGCCUCGCACAUCGCACCCAUCCGGAUGCUGAACUCCGUGCACAAGGCGGAAAGGGGGGGCGCGGACAUGAAGCUCCUCUCGUCCUCUGUGCACUCACUGCUGUCCCUCGAGGAGCGCAGUAAAGUCUCUGGACCAAGAAGCAGCAUCAAAGUGGACAAGAGCUUUGGCAAUGCCAUGAUGGACGCGCUCCCCUCGUCCACCCCCCAUCAGCCCAUGCAGGUCCUCUCCGGACUCGCCGAGAGCAGCUCCGUGUCGCCCACCGUCUCCUUUGGCCCCCGCACCAAAGUCGUCCACGCGUCCGCGCUGGACAGGGUGAUGAAGCCGGCGCAGCAGCCGGCCCUGGUGGUGGAAGCCAGCACCGCUGCCGCGGGGACGUCCAGCACCGUCUUCCACGUGGCUCGGCCGCCCAUCAAACUCCUGGUGUCUUCAUCUGUCCCUGCGGAUUCCGCCAUCUCUGGGCAAACCUCCUGUUCUAACAACGUGCAAAUAAGUGUGCCCCCUGCAAUAAUAAACCCCCGGACUGCUCUGUACACAGCCAACACCAAAGCUGCCUUCUCUGCGAUGAGCAGUGUGCCCGUGGGCCCCCUGCAGGGCAGCUUCUGUGCGAACAGCAACACUGCCGCCUCCAGUAGCCACCCUUCCCCAUCUUUCACAAACAUGGCCACUGUGCCCAGCUGCCCGGCCCCCAGCUCCAGCCCCGCGCUCUCCUCGGUCCCCGAAAGCAGCUUCUACAGCAGCAGUGGCGGCGGUGGCGGCAGCUCCCCCGGGAACCUCCCUGCCUCAGCCCAGAACCACCACCACCACCACCACCAUCAGCAGCAGCCGGUGCCCCAGCAGCCGGCGCCCGCCCCACCGCCCGGCUGUGUCGUGUGCACAUCGUGCGGCUGCAGCGGGAGCUGUGGCUCGAGCGGCCUGACCGUCAGCUACGCCAGCUACUUCCAGCACCCGUUCUCGGGGCCCUCAGUCUUCCCCUUCCCGUUCCUGCCCUUCAGCCCCGUGUGCGGCAGCGGCUACGUGGGUGCCCAGCAGUAUGGCGGCGGCGCCUUCCCGGUCGUGCACUCGCCCUACGGCGGCGGCGUGGGCCCAGAGCCCGUGCUGGGCGGCCAGUCCGCCUUCACUGUCCCGCCUGUGCAGAACUUCAUGGGGGCGGCGGGUGUCUACCAGGCCCAGGGCUUGGUGGGCAGUAGCAAUGGUUCCAGUCACAAAAAGAGCGGGAACCUCUCGUGUUACAACUGUGGGGCCACCGGUCACCGCGCUCAGGACUGCAAGCAGCCGUCCAUGGACUUCAAUCGGCAAGGUACUUUUAGGUUGAAAUAUGCCCCUCCAGCAGAAAGUCUGGACUCCACAGAUUGA